AUGCUGCUACCAACCGGAGAUGUGCUGCUCCUCAUCCUUGAGCGCGUAGCCGUGGCCGACGUGCUGUCCUUAGGAGCGACCUGCAGAGCUCUGCGAGAUGUGACGGGCGACGACCUCUUCUGGCGCGGCCUGGCGGAGCGCAAGUGGGGCGCGCGCGCGCUGGAGCUGCGGCCGCCGGGCGCCGAGGGCGGCGCAAGCUGGAAGGCGUACGCGACAAAGCGUAUGAACCUCCGGACCAUCAGCCGCACCUCGGGCUCGGCCAUCGUCCGCGACACCAUCACCCGCUUCUUCGCCGUCCUACCCAAUCCAACCGCCGUCCUGGACGCGCCCGAUGACGUCAUCAUCGACGUCAUCAACCCCCUGGGCCUGCAGCCCAACCGCCUGCGCGCCGUCCGCAGCAUCUCUGAGGGAUUCCUGGGGACAGACUGGGAGGAUCCGACGGAGUUCUAUGGGUGCGGCAAAUUCGUGGCGGACUCCUGGCGCAUCUUCUGCCGCGGAGAUGUGUCUGGGGCAGGCGUGGAGGACCGGAAUCUCAAGGCUUACGCGGCCUGGGCCAGGCGCGCUGCCGCUGGGCAGGCGGGCGGCGCUGGAUCAGCGGGCUCUGAGGAGGAAGCAGACGUGGCUGGGCGGGGCGGCCCCGGCGGGAAGGAUGAACGCCAUGCUGUCAAGGACACCGAGCGGGCGCGGCGAAAGGCGCGCAGGGAGGAGGUUGCGGCCAUGGCAGGGACCGCGGGCGCGGUCCGCACCCGGGCAAAGCGGGGUGCGGACGCAGAAGCGGGAGCGGCGGCCGCAGCACAGGCGCCGCUGAAGCAGCAGCGCAGGGCGGCGGUGGCGGCGCCGUCAGCUCCUGCGCCGGCGGCGCCGGCCCGCAAGCUGCGCAGCAGCGGCGGCGAGGGGGCGGAUGUUGGGAGGGGCGGCGAUCAGCAAGAUCCGCGGCGGCGCGGCGCUGGGGCGGCGCCGGCCAAGGGCACGGGCCGGAAGUCUUUCGGCGUAGGCGGGCGGGUUGAAGCCAAGGGCGUCAAGCGCGGCGGCCGCAACGCGGCGAGCGGGGCAGCAGCGGUGGUAGCCGCGAGGUAG